CUGCCACUACACACACACACACACCCAAACUGAAUGUCAUUGUUAUUUGUCUCACUGACUGCUGUACAUCAUCUACCCCCCUAAUCUGGGCCCUUCCUUCACACUCCCUCUCUUAUCAGUUUCGUUUCUUCCAUAGACUGACAGGCUGACCUAGUGGCUCGUUUAAAGAGCUGAGCAGAUGAUUCCUCUUCACAACACAACACGGUUCGUCCACCAAUAGCUCUGCAAAAAGAUGGAGAUAUCACUGAGGCCAUACCAGCAGGAGGUGGUUCAGGUGGCUCUGCGUGGGGAGAACAGCAUCAUCUGGCUGCCCACAGGUGGAGGAAAGACUCGCGCUGCUGUCUACGUGGCCAAGAGGCACCUAGAGACUCACCCCAAUGGCAAAGUGGCCGUUCUCGUCAACAAGGUGCACCUGGUGGAUCAGCACUUUCAGAAAGAGUUCCGGCCGCACCUGGGUAGCUCGGUGAAGAUGGUGCCAAUCAGCGGGGACAGUAACGAGAAGGACUUUUUCGGCUGUGUGGUCAGGGACUCGAGCUUGGUCAUCUGCACAGCUCAGAUCUUGGAGAACGCCUUAAUAAACACAGAGGAGAGCAAGCAUGUGGAGCUCACAGACUUCACGCUGCUGAUCAUCGACGAGUGCCAUCACACUCAUAAAGAAGGGGUGUAUAAUAAAAUCAUGGCACGUUAUGUGAGAAAGAAGAUUGAAAGGGUGAAGGGUCUGCCUCAGAUCCUGGGCCUUACAGCCUCACCGGGUACCGGAGGAGCCAAAUCACUGGAUGGUGCCAUCACACAUGUACUGGAGAUCUGUGCAAACCUGGACUCUGUUAUCGUGUCGACUAAAAAUUAUGAGGCCGAGCUUAAAGAAGCCGUCCCCAGACCCAUGAAGAACUAUGACAUUGUGGAUGAGCGGUACUGGGACCCGUUCGGUGAUCAUCUGAAGAUGAUGAUGAAGCUGAUUCACGAGUUCAUGAUGUUAGACAGAAAGUUCACUCUGCGGGAGAUGGGCACUCAGGAGUAUGAAGCUGAUGUGGUGGAGCUGGAAAAGAAAGGAGUACAGGAGCAGAACAGGUUGUUGGCACGGUGUGCUCUCCACCUGCGGAAAUUUAACGACGCUCUGCUCAUUAACGACACUGUGCGCAUGGUGGACGCUCUGAGGCUUCUGGAGGAGUUCUACACCACAGAGACAAGAAAUGUGCUGGACAUCACUGAUGAGUUCCUCACAGGUCUCUUUAAUGAGAACAAAGUCGAGCUGUUGCAGCUUGCUUCCGAAGCAUCAAACGAGAAUCCCAAACUGGAACGGCUGCAGCGCACCCUGGUGGACCAAUUCAAAGACGAGAACUCUCGCGGUAUCAUUUUUGCCAAAACCCGUGAGAUUACACGCUGCCUGUACGACUGGGUGCGUACAAACCCAGAGCUGCGCCGCGCUAACAUCCGCGCUGCUAAUCUGGUCGGAGCAGGAACUGGAGCCACCCACAUGACACAGAGGGAGCAAAGAGACACUAUUAAAACGUUCCGAGAAGGAGAACUCAACCUCCUCAUCUCUACCAGCGUGGCCGAGGAAGGCCUCGACAUCCCAGAAUGCAACGUGGUGAUCCGCUACGGUCUCCUGACCAAUGAGAUUGCACAGCAACAGGCCAGCGGGCGGGCCAGAGCCAAGAACAGCGUCUAUUCAGUGGUGGCAAAAGCAGGUGGGCGGGAGAUGCGCAAGGAGAAGACCAACGAAUAUCUGGAGGAGUUAACUAGUAAGGCGAUCGCUCACGUGCAGAGCAUGGAGCCCGGGAGGUUUCGCCAGAAGAUCUUCGAGCUGCAGCAUGAGGCUGUGACGGCGCGCAUCCUGAUGGCCAAUCAGAGGGAGAGGAGGAGGCUCCGGUAUGACGCGGCCGAGGUGGAGUUCGACUGCCGGGGCUGCUUCACAGCCGUCGCCCGUGGAGACGACAUGAGACUCGUGAACGACACGCAACACAUCAACAUCAACCCUGAUUUUGAGAGGUUCUAUAAGGUUGGAGGGCAAGUUUAUCUGGAACGGACAUUUGAAGAUUGGGAGCCAGGUCGUACCAUUAGCUGCGUUGCAUGUGGACAGAAUUGGGGGAUGGAGGUGAAGUUAAAGAAUUUGGUGUUGCCAUGUCUAAAUAUAAAGGGCUUUUCGAUGAAGACUCGUCAAAGUAGCCGCACAGCCAAGCAGUGGAAGGACAUUGAGUUCCUGGUAGAGGAGUUUGACUUUGUUCAGUACGUGAAAAACCGCUACCCUGACCUCGAACAGGACUGAGCGUCUCUAUGUUCGUCCAGCCUUCAUAGGAACUAUGAGGAAGUCCCGAACACACUCCACCUCAAUUUGUCUUCAUUUUGGCCACCAGGUGUCGCUGUAGCGCAACGUUUCGUUCUCAUUUUUCACAUUCGCAAUACGUGUUUGCGUCUCGAACCACAUCCUCCUGCACCAAGUAGUUCGCAUAUUAUAACCGUCAAGAUAUUUAGUGCAGUAGCAAGCGCUUCGAGACGCAGCUAGAGUCUCUGGGGAGUGAAUAUGCUAAUGCGCUUGAAGCUUGAUUGCCUGAUUAAUUCUAAUUCAUGCUGAUAAAUGUGCAUUCAAAUGCUUGACACCAUGAACAGCUCGUGGUUUUUGCGACUUUCACGAAGACUCGCACUGGCUAGUCCAGAAUGACCUUUGACCCUUGCACUUUUGAAAGAGGCCGCUAUGGACCUCUUUGUGAACUUUGUCUAUUUUCUAUUUAUAUAUGAAAUGAUUUGGAGUAGGGGCAAGCAUGCCACUGACGAGCCGUGUAGACAAUCCAAAUGGAAUCAUAUGUAUAUAUAUAUAUAGUCCGCCUGACACAGCUUCCACUCAGUCCCUGGGUGUCACACCAGGAGAAGGGGGAGCUGGGGUUCACGAGGACUCUCCCGUAGCUUGGAAACAACACUCCACCUUGCUUUGACCCUUGCAUUUUUGAAAGAGGCUGCUAUGGACCUCUUUGGGAACUUUGUCUAUUUUCUAUUUAUAUAUGCAACUUUAUAACUUUAUAACUAUAUAACUUUUACGGUAACCAGUGUGUGUAUCAGAAUAAAGCAUUCCUGAUAACGA